UUACACUUGCGCGCGCGCUGGCGCAUACCGCGCCGUCACGUGGCCACGCCUUCCGCCGUCGUAGCCGGCCCGCCCUCAUGCCGCGCCGCUGACCUGACAAUCAUGCAAGGACCUAAUCCUCGCUAUCGGUUUGAAGCCUCGGCAGCAUCAGUUACACGAUUGUUUAGGCGCUUUACUCGACUUAGACGCUAUACUGAUGGAGUUCCGUGAGUAUCAGUCGUUAUCAGAUCCAGCAUGCAAAUCAUUAGAUGGUUUUUGGGCCUCUGUUGGAGAUUUACCCAAGCCUGCUGGUGAGAUUGCUGAUCCCGAGCGCCUCUUCAGUAUGAUUGUAUGUAACAUUUUGAGCGCAAAGAUAAAUCACGAUCAGGAGUGCAAAUGAACUUGUUACACCAGGAUCUAAUUGCCCAAGCCAAAAGUGCCACAACACGAAGCCUAUGAAACUUAACUUCAAUGCUUUAAUGUAUAUAGAUGAUCAUGAUCUUAUUGGCUGUAUCUCCGCAAUAGUAAUGUAAUUACUCUAAAUAAUUAUUUAUUAAUUAAAAAUCAAGCAAAAAUGU